CAUUAUGUUCCUUUCCUGGCGUUAGUUGUUGACUUUGAUGGCAUUAUUAUAGUUGCGGAGUUUGUAAAAGCCAUCGAUUUGUUCCUGUUUAAGGACUACGGAUUGGUUUUUAUCGACUUUCUCUUGUGUCAAAUGCCAUCCAUUCAUACAGAAACAAAGAGAGGAUGAGUGGAGAAGGAAAGGUGGUGUGCGUAACUGGUGGGUCGGGUUACAUAGGUUCAUGGCUGAUUAAGCACUUACUUCAAAAGGGUUAUACUGUCAAAGCCACUGUUCGAGACCCAAGUGAUUCAAAGAAAACAGAUCACUUGCUUGCUCUUGAUGGAGCUAAAGAAAGACUUCAUUUGUUCAAAGCUGAUUUAUUGGCAGAAGGGUCUUUUGAUUCUGUAGUUGAUGGAUGUGAUGGUGUUUUCCAUUCAGCAUCUCCUGUAUUAUUUUCAGCAACUGAUCCACAGACAGAACUAAUUGAUCCUGCAAUUAAAGGAACGCUUAAUGUACUUAAAUCAUGUGCAAAAGUUAAGUCUGUCAAGAGAGUUGUCAUAACCUCUUCUAUGGCAGCAGUUUUACGCAGUAGAAGACCUCUGACCGCUGAUGUGGUGGUUGAUGAGACUUGGUAUUCAGAUCCAGAAGUAUGCAAGGAAUUAAAGGUUUGGUAUGCACUUUCAAAAACCUUAGCGGAGGAGGCUGCUUGGAAUUUUGCAAAAGAGAAUGCAAUUGACUUGGUAACAAUAAAUCCAACAUAUGUGAUUGGCCCUAUGUUACAGCCAACUCUUAAUUCCUCUGUGGAGAUGAUUCUCAACCUCAUAAAGGGAGCAGAGACAUACCCAAAUGCAUAUUAUUCAUCGGCUGAUAUUAGAGAUGUUGUAGACGUACAUAUUCAAGCUUUUGAGGUUCCUUCAGCUAGUGGAAGAUAUUGUGUAGUUCCAAAUGUGUUGCAUUAUUCUGAAGUAGUAAAGAUUAUCCAUGAACACUACCCAACUUUGCACCUUCCUGAAAAAUGCGACGAGACCCAAUUACUUUCUCCAUCUUUCAAGGUAUCCAAUGAGAAAGCUAAAAGUUUGGGAAUCAACUACAUUCCUUUUGAAGUGACUCUCAAGGGCACUAUUGAAAGCUUGAAGGAGAAGGGUUUCCUCACUAUCUGAUUUGGACUAUACUUGAUGGCGAAGUAAUAUGUAUAAAUAAACAGAUGGGAAAGUUUCAAAGACUGUAAAAGGCGCUUGCUUGCCGGAAACAUAAAAUAAUUUUCGACACAGGAACAUGAAUUCCAUAAUAUAUUAAUUUUCAUAAUCUGUACAGCUCAAGCAGUGCAAGAAUUAUGAUUAGGGUCAUAUACUGCUACUACUUGGGGUCAAUUGAUUUUUUUUCUUCUAA